AUGGAGAAGAAACGAAGCAAAGAUACAUCUGCAUUGUGGCUGCCUAAGUCUACACCAGAUUGGCAACUAAAUGUACGUGGUUGUCAGCAUGGUCAGGCAUUCACUAUGGACAAACUCAUUAUUCUUACUUCUCUCUUUGGCAAUAACAAUUCACCAUUUACUGUGCAGGAGCUUCUGGCUGCAAAAUCAGCCAAAUUUGCUGCUAGACUCAAAGAGAAUCCGCAGGAAGAUCUUUCUAACUUCCUCCAUAGUGUCCCUGCUGAUGCGGAAACUAUUGAGCUUGUUGCGAGAUUCUAUCAUGGCUAUGAACUACAAAUUUGCAGUCAGAAUGUUGUACAGCUCAUUUCCGUUGCUGACUAUUUGGAGAUGACUGAAAGCCACUGCAAAGAUAAUCUAUUGAACAAAGCUGUUUCGUAUUUUCAACAAAGAAUCCUCCCUAGCUGGUCUGAAACUAUUAAGGCUUUGCAAUCCACAGAAAAGUUAUUUCAACAACCCUUGAAGCUUGAGUUAGUACACGCCUGUUUGGACUCUAUCAUUAGAAAGGCAAAAGCUAGUCCCCAACUUCUGGGUGAACCAAUACGGAAUUCAACUGCAAAUGUUGAUGAUAGCGAUGAGGAUUAUGAAAUUUAUAAGCCAAAUGCAAGAAGAAGGCUCUUCGAUUUUGAUUGGAAAUCAGAGGAUCUAACUACAUUGUCCCUCCAGCUUUAUGAGCCUCUCAUGCAUGGAAUGAAUAAGCAUGGAGUUCCAUCACAGUAUGUGGCAGCAUCUCUUUGUGACUACAUUAAGAAAUGGGUUUUCUGUGGCAGGGGAGAGGAAGCACACAAGAAAAGGUACCAAAAGGACAUCCUUGAAGCAGUUGAGAGGCUUUUGCCAGAUGAAAUAGGACUCCUUCCAUGCACGUUGUUGUUCCAAAUGCUUCGACAUGCUAUAUAUUUGGAAGUUACCUCUGACUGCAGAAAUGGGAUUGAGAUCAGAACUGGAAAACAACUUGACCAAGCAACAGUUCAAGACCUAUUAAUACCAUCUCAAGGCUAUUCUAAGGUACUGCAGUAUGAUAUUCAAUGUGUGAGGAGAAUUGUGAAGGUUUUCUAUGCUAAUUACUCUUCAUCAAAUGUAUCUGACGUAACUGGUCUAAUAGCAGUCGCAGAUCUCAUUGAAGAAUUCUUGGCUGAAGUUGCUAGUGACAUAGACUUGAAGAUAUCUACAUUUGUCGGAUUAGCAGAGAUGUUGAUUUCAGCAUCCAUGGGAGUAAAAACAAACUCAGAUGGAAUAUACAGGGCUGUUUCUAUAUACUUAGAUAAGCACAGACACAUGACAGAAUCCGAGCGAGAAGAAGUGUGUCAAGUUCUGGAUUUCCAAAAGAUGUCCCCUCAAGCCUGUGAUCAUGCUGCCAAAAACGAAAGCUUGCCAUUAAGGAUGGUGCUACAGGUGUUGUUUGCAGGGCAGUUGCAGCUGCGAGACACCAUCACGAAAGAGGUGCAGAGUUCGGAUGAAAAAUUAGUAAAAGAAGAAGCUUACGAGGUUAAUGCACCAAAGUUGGAUUUGUGUGAGGUCAAAAUGAGAUCAGAGGUGGAGAAAAUGAGCAAGAAGGUGAUGCAGCUUGAGAGACAGUGCAGUAUGAUGAGAAAAGAGAUCGAGAACAGCUCUAGCCUUAUGGUGAGGAAGGAGAAAACUAGCUUGUGGAGAGAAAUGAAGAGAAAGUUUGGUUGCAUCAGCAGCGCUCAUGAUUCUGACUGCCAAUUGAAGAAGAAAAAGUUGCCUCCGAGACCAAAACUUGGACUCUGA